AUGGGCCACUUUGUCUCCAACAUCAAAUGUUAUUUCGAAUCCCCUGAAACAAAGAUUCCCGCAGACCCAGAUAUCGACGGCUGGGGCGUCAUAUGUGCAUUCUUCGUGACAGCGCUAUGCUCCAUGUUCCUCGUCAUCACUGCCUUUAUCCUUCAGCGCGCGAGCAACCCUAUCAACUUCAUCUUUCCCGAUAAUGCAUGGAAGGCUUGGAGAGAAAAGAAAUAUCCCAAGAUUCAAAAAAUCCUGUCGGCCUUGGCUGACCAACAGCUCAUUUCCGGAAUGGGUAUCCUCAUAGCGGGUAUCAUCAGGUCCCAAAAGAUGUCCUACUUCCACCUGACACAAGUGGGGAAUCUGGCAGGGCUAUCAAAUCUUGCCAUCAUCUAUUCGCUCGAGUACGAAAACUUGGAACUCGCGCCACUGGGUUCCACAGGCGGACCAAACCUACGUACAAAAUCUCCCAUCAAUAUUGUGUGUACGUCAUUAGCGGUAGUAUAUCUCAUUUUGUUGAUAUCGUUCAACGUG